GGGCGCUGACGCUACCGGCGAUGGAAUAGGAAUUUCAAAUUCCGAUUCCACUAUUCCACAACGAUUUCGUUAACCUAGUGUGAUCUAUGCAAUAUUUUACUACUUGCGAUUCAAUAACUAGCGAAUAAUGUCCUUCAUUCUCACAGCGAUUCGCGGAACGACCGCUGUGUUUAGAACGACCCGCGCGUAUAAGGCUGAGGCGGUGCGUAGCAUUUUCUCGAGUCCGUAUCUACUCGACGCAGAGGAGGAAACAACGCCUGACAAAGGGAAACCAGUAGAUCCGGAGAAGGAUAGGUCCAUUAAACAUUCGUACGAAACCAGCGUGCGAUACCUUGCUAGUACAGCUUAUAAGACAACCUACGGAACGGAUCCUGUUUGGAAGCACUAUAGGAGAAAUCACAAGGGAGCCUUGCCUCCUAAAAAGACAAGACAAACUUGCAUCAGAAAAGGAGUGAUUACAACAGGCAGCCCGUGUCCGAUUUGCAGAGACGAAUACUUAGUUCUGGAUCACAGAAACCCAGAGCUGCUGAAACAAUUCAUAUCUGAGCACAACGGCGAGAUACUAAGCUAUAGAAAAACUGGUAUUUGUCAAGUUAGGCAUCAGGAGUUGCUUAUAGCUAUAACAAGAGCAAAGGACUAUGGAAUUAUCACUUUUGACGUACCCUUCAGAGAAUACGACUAUUCCGAAUGGUACAAGCCAGAGCCCAAGAUAUAAUCUAGAUUUGUCCAUAGGAUUGACAUCACCUAACGAAGCUGAACUAUCACUAUAAUCAGUACACUUUGUUGCUGGAUCAUAUCUAAGAUUAUCUUAUUCGUUAUUGGUACAAAGCUGAUCAGUCUUGAUUGUAACAAAUAGAAGAGAAUCGAUAAAUAAAUAUGGAAGGAACUUUUGUAGUAA